CCUUGACAAACAUGGCUGCCGCGGAGGAGACGUCUGCGACGUAGAAUAUGCAGGAAACGCCUCCCUCUUCCUGCUUGAGAGAAUUUGGCAGAGUUGUGUGUGAGGCAGUGGUGGAUUUCAAGGCCUUAAUAUGACGUUUCAGUGGACAGCAGUGGCAUCGUUCCUGUAUGCGGAAAUUGGAGUAAUUUUAAUUCUUUGCAUCCCAUUUAUUUCUCCAUUGAGUUGGAAGAAGAUAUUUAGAUUUCAGCUAUGGAGCAAAAUAUCUCCCUACUGGAACAAGGCAUUUUUAUCAAUCAUAGUCAUAUUGAUUAUUCUUUUCCUGGAUGCAGUGAGAGAGGUGAGAAAGUAUUCUGCGAAUGCGACCGCUGAUAAGUCAGCAAAGCUUUACCCUAACGCUUAUGAUACUCUACAUAUGAAGCUCUUUAGAGGCCAACGGAAUCUUUAUAUCUCUGGAUUCUCCCUAUUUCUGUGGCUUGUUUUGAGAAGAGUAUCUAACCUGAUAGUGCAGUUGGCAUCAGAGAUGGAAUCCUGUGAUGCUCUGAAGGCACAAGUGGAAAAAAACAAUGAGGCUGCAAAAAAGUAUAUGGAGGACAAUGAGCAUCUGAAGAAGGUUCUCGAUGCAAGUAAAGUCUGUGAUAAUGAACCGAAAAUCAAAAGAGAAAAUGAAAUGUUGAAGAAUGAAAUUGAGAAGGGGAAAGAAGAAUUGCAGAGCAUGUCAGAAGCACUCUCCAAAUCCCAAGCAGAAGUCCUUGCGCUGAAGAAGCAGAGUGAAGGGAUAACAAGAGAAUACGAUCGGCUAAUAAGGGAACAUGAGUUACUACAGAAUACCAUACAGGAGCAAGACAGUAAGAAAGAGCUGUGAUUUAGUAAUGGUCUGUGUGACCAUAAGAAUGUGAAGACGUUUUCAGCGCUUUUUUCUCUCACUUUGCUGCAGAGUUUUCUAGAACAUCGGCACGUUUGAUUUUUGUUUUUACACCAUUUGCAGCAUGUUAUGUCCAGUGCAAACUGUCCAAUUGUAGUCAUGUUAAUACUUCAAAUGCGUCACUUGAAACUAGAUCCUGAGCGGUCCUGAGAAGUAACCUUUCUGAGCGUUGAAUCUAAAAUCCAACAAAACUUGCAUGACAUCGUCCAGUGGAUCUUGCAUUAUGUGAAACAGUUGGAGCCUAUGCUUUUACUUAUCAAUAUCUCUACAGCCUCUAUUUAUUACAAUUAAAUUAAUGGAUAAUAGAAUUUACCAACUCCAGACUUUACCCAAGGUCACCUUUAUUGACUUGUUCAGGAUCCAGGUGCAAGGAGGUGAUUUUUCCUGCCGCCGCCCUGCACUUUAGCACGAUCAGUACUGAUUCUGAUGAAGGGAGCAUAUUAGGGAACUGCAUGUAAUGCAUAUAUGUCCAGACUAGGUGCACACACUAAGCUGUUGUCAUCUGGAAACAAUGGCGUUCUAAAUACCUAUAUGUUAUUCUUUUGUGGCCGUUUAACUACAGUUUUUAUGUCGGGUAUUUACACACACAAUAUGCUUGAAUGGCGUGCCAAUUAUUUUAGGUUUUUGAGAAUAAUUGUUGAAUUGAGCCUGUUUUUUUAAUGCUGUGAAUGUUGAGUUCUGGUUCAAUUACAUGCUUACAAAAUAGAAUUAAAUCUAGCAUAUAACAUCUCUUCUCUUACUGCAGAUGUGCUCCGUCCCCGGGGGCUAGUGCAUCGAUAUACAAUUUGGUGUUGUGAUACUAAAGUAAGCCAUACACAUAUUGAAUUUUAGGUGUCUGCUUUGUUAGAAGAGUCACCCAAAAAUAAGCAAAAGACAGACUGUCUCACUGCAGAGACCUCCAGUGACUGGCUGUACCUGGAACCAAAUUUUCAUUUCCCCUGGAGCACAACCACUCUGGUAUUGAAGCAUUGGACGUUUCCUAUUGAAAUAAAUGAGUUUUCUGUCUAAUAAAUGGGCCAGCUCGUUCCUUUAGAAUAGCUACUGUCUGUUCUAUCUAAUUCAUAUGAGGUGCCCGAGUUAACUCAGGGGAUCCACCUGCAAUAAAGAAGUGAUCAUUACUUGGCAGAUUUCUGCAGCCGCUUUGGUUCUCCGGCCCAAGUUCUAUUUACCCACUGAUAUCAUGUUUACAACCUGUGACCACUACAGCCAAUCAAUGGCCUCGGUGGUGCACUGCAUAAACCAGAGUUUGGCUGCAGCGGUGACAAGUCAGCGUGACAUCACCAGGUAAAGAAGAACUGGAGUGAGGGCAUGGGAUCUCCAGGUAAGUAGUGAUCACUUCUUUAUUGCAGAUUGAUCCCCUCCGGUUUAUUAAUGAAAUUAGACAACCCCUUUAAUUGAAAAUGUAUUUAAUUAUUUAUUUUUUGUUUAACCCAUACAACCUGGUCAAUAAUAUAAAGUGUUUUCUGGUGGAGGUAGAAGAAUUAGCCUGUUGGGAGUUCAGUGCUGUUAUUGGACAGCCUGCACUACUUCUGAUGCCAGAAGUAUGAUGGCUGCUUCUCCCGGACUGCCUGUCUGAUUUAUGAUGCAGUCUGUUUCUGCCUGAUCGUGGGUAUGCUGUACUGUGCAAACAUAACGCAGGGAGUACAGUACUCGCUGUGUCAUAACUCACAGCCGGAUGGUCUAUACAGACUAUUUCACGACCGUCUGCCACCAGCCUAGAAGAUUGGACAUGUUUGAUGUCAAAAUGCUCAUGUGUGGCAGCUUAUUCGAUUUUUGUUAUAGAAUGAUGAUGACAUUUUUAUUACCAGAUGAACUAUUUGGUGAUAUAAAAUACUUGGGCCUCUUCUGGUUUAACAUAUCCCCACUGUAAUUUGUUUAAUUUCAACUAUUGCUUAGCAGUUUCAACUUACUGUAUUGCACUCAUUAUGUGAGCCAUGCAAAUUGUGUGAUGUAAUUUGUACAUCACUGUAAUGAUUUGUAUAAAGUACAUAGUAGAUAUUGUAACAGUUCAUGUGACUGAUGAAAGUGGAAAAUGAGCUCCAAAGAUGCAAAUACGUGAUCUGUUGGAAGUCUAGGGGGAUGACUAGAUGGAUAUCUGCUAUUUAUAUUGCUUGUAAGUGACAUUUUUAAAGGGACACACAAUGUUUCACAGUGUACAUACUUGUAUUUGUAGUUUAGUUUAAUUUGCUGUUUCUGGAGAAAUAUUGAAAGCUGCUGUGCUACAUACUGAAAUGUCAGCCUACCAAAAGAAUGUAUUUUCAUAUCAACAUUCUAAUAAAGCUUAUUUUGCUACCGUGA